GUUUAUCUCUUCUGAAGCAGGCUGACACCCAAACCUGCGGGAUUUAUGGGCUCACAAGUUUCUUCUGAUGAGAUGAGUGUGCACGUGGGUCAGGGCAGCGACGAGGUUCUGGUGUCUCAGGCUGUGUGGGAUUACUUGGCGGCAGCCGGGCGCCCAUGGCUGCUCGACUUUGAGGAUAAGCAGGGACUGAGUGCUGGAAUCGUACGCCGCGGUGAGCAGGGAGGCUGCUGCGCUAUCAGAUUAUCACCGGUGGAGAGCCGGACUGGAAUAAGCGAGGCUCCGGUUUCUUCUGCCACUCGCAAAGCCUUUAUAGACCUCUGCCGCUGUGCUCGCAGGGAAAUGACCAAACAGGAGGCUGCUCCGAAGAGGAAGCGCUCUUUGUUGCCUUGUGUUGGUUUGAUGGAAACUGAUACAGAGGGCAGUUUACUUCCUCCUCCACCACCACCUCCUCCACCACCUCCUCCUCAGCCUCGACGCUCACAGAGGCAGCAGCAGAGGUGCAGGAGGAGCGCCGAGAUGGACUCCUGUUUCGUUCCCAUCCUGAACGAGGCCGUGGCGAAGACUGAUGUCGACUUAGGUGUUGGCCAGUUGAACCAAGAGGAAAAUCUGAUCUGUUCCAUCUGCAUGGGAGAAAUAGUGGAAAAGACGACUCUGGAGAAGUGCGGCCACUCGUUCUGCCACUCUUGCUUGGAACAGGCGUUUAAGGUGAAAAAGGCUUGCCCGGUGUGCAGACUUGUUUAUGGACAGCUUAUUGGAAACCAGCCUGCCAACGGUAGCAUGAUGGUGGAGAGAGACCCAGAUCUGGAGUUGCUGGGACAUGAAGGCUACGGCUGCAUAUGUAUAAUCUAUAGCUUUCCUCCUGGGUUUCAAUCACAGGAGCACCCAAAUCCUGGGGUGCGGUACCCGGGUACUGAUCGUGUGGCUUACCUGCCAGACAGUCCAGAGGGCAACCGUGUGCUGCGGAUGCUGCGCAAAGCUUUCGAACAGCGACUCAUCUUCACUAUAGGAACGUCCAUGACUACCGGCAUGCAUAACGUCAUCACAUGGAAUGAUAUCCACCACAAGACCUCUAUAUGGGGUGGACCACGAUGCUUUGGCUACCCCGACCCUACGUACCUCGUGCGGGUGACGGAGGAGCUGCGGGAGAAAGGAAUAACAGCCGACUGAAGUGACGGUACUCGACACUUUGGCUUCACUAGAGAUCAGAGUUCUGGUAUAAGGGCCAGUCUGACCACACAGACUUUCCAGUGAUUCACUGUGUUAAUGCAAGUCACAGCCAUCAGGAGGCUUCUGAGAAUGCUGACUUUGUGUUUUUCUUUUUGUUUAAACUAGAAGUGAUUGCUGUUUUGCAAUAAUUGGCGCAUUAUAGUUGAGUGCAGUGCAUUCCACAUUUUGAUUUACAGCCGGAGAGCUUUGGGAAGUACAGAGUGACGGUGGAGAGGACCGAGGUUUGUCAACGUUUGAUGCCGGUGCACUGCUGAGUCACCUGUGUUAUUAUAAUAGGGAAGUAAUCUGUUCACUUUGUCCUUUAGACCUCCUGUUUGUUCUUUCCAGAUGGAAUUGGAGGCGCGUUCGUGUUUUGCGAGUCCUGGCGAUGGCUGGUAAUCAGGACGUAAACUAUAUUGGUACUGAUGGCAAUCCCACUGUUUUGUUAGUUAUUUCUUCACAAGCAGCACUACCAAGCACUUUGCAGUCGUGUAUGUUAGUUACUAAUGUCGAAUUGAGCUGAUUUUCUUCCAGAAGGAAGGCAGGACUGAGUUUUGCAGUUCUGUGCAAGCUGAUGUCAAUCCCUCCUCGCUUUUUAAAUCCCUAUCAGUUUACAUGUCAAAACAGGACCGGUGCAUUUUUUUUGUGUGUGUUUUUGUGUUCGAGAAGUUAAAUUCAUCUCGAAUUUCUUCUAGUUAAAGAUUUAAAAAAGAACCUUGGUGAGAACACAGUGGAAUCUGUUCACACAAAAUGCUUAUCAGGUUUUUUUUACGUUGCAAAUGAAUGUCUAACAAAUGAAACAUAUCAAAUAGGCUUAUUCAUCGUAGAUAAUAUUAAU